AUGACCGCGCAAAGGUAUCCACCAGGUGCGUCAUCGAACAUGCCCUCAUCGAGUUCCUCGUUGUCAGCUGGACCUGCAGCACCGCCACCAAUAAGUGCACCACUAAAUGCGAGCACGGUGCGGACUGUUGCAUCCACUUCAGCCGUCUGCAUGAGCGCAAUACCAUCGAGCAGUGUCGCCGACUUGAGCACUCAACAGCAACAGGUCUACUCGACUAGCGUUGUUCAGCAGCAGCCGAGACGAACACCUUACUAUCAUAUGCAAACAACGCAGUCUGUCGUGAAUGCUGCUUCGUCGAAUACACCAACGCAAUCCAAUGCUGUUGUGUCGGCACAAAGGCUCAGAUAUGGUGCGCCGCCGCCUUCCACUUCAUCACCGUUAUCGCAAACGCAGUCACCGUACGCUUCACAACCAUCCAUACCAUCGCAACUGCAAGGUGCCGCGAGACCGUUACCUAUCGGUACACCAAUGGGUUAUCCGCAUAUGGUGCCGCCAUCCACGUCAACGGGUUUAGUCGGUAGCGCCUUACAACAGCCACAGCAUCCGCCACAACAGCCACAGCAAGCAGCACCACCACAACCGCACCAGCACACCAUCACUGCUCUACCGAGUAAUUCGAGCACUGCGAGCCCAAUGCAGCCAACAUCGUCUUCGUCGCAUCCUCCGCAGUCUGUGAGCAGUUCGCAUGUGGCAAUACCGGCGAGGCAACUACGAUUACGCAGCGAAAGAGGAGGAAAUUAG